AUGAGGCUUGAUUCAGUACAUUUAUCCAUGCUGGUCAUCGGGGUCUCAUUCGCCUGCUACUCCCCGAGUUUGAAUUCCCUGCAGGACCAGGUUUACAAAUCCGCCGUGGUGAUCGAGGGCAAGGUGCAGUCUACGCCUGUGAACGUCUCCGCGGAGCGGUACCGUGUGAAUGUCAAAGUGCUGGAUGUUUGGCCCCUUAACAGCGGGGGUCUGGAGCGAGAACAGCUCGUCACCGUGGGGGAAUUUGGAUCUGAGGCUCCGUGUACCAAAGUGAAGAAGAACCACAAGUACAUUUUUUUCAUGGACCCCACUGACGAGCCAUUGGUUUUCAAGGCAUCGUUUGCGCCUCGGGACACGAGUGUGAAGAGCCUAAAAAAGGAUGUUGGGAAGAUCUUGUGUGAGGACUGCGCUGCGGCUCCAAAGUUAAAACCGAUGAAGAAUCCAAAAAUAGUGGACGAGGGAGGCAAGCUCAUAGUUAAGUGUGCGGCCACAGGGAGCUCUCUCUCCUUCACAUGGUUCAAAGAUGGCAACGAGCUGAAGAAAAGCAAAAAACACAGAAUAAGGAACACCCCGAGGAGCUCCAAAGUCCAGAUCAACAGAGCAAAACUGGAGGAUUCUGGGAAUUACACGUGUGUGGUGGAUAACUCGCUGGGAAAGGACAACUCCACCGGCACUGUUAACGUCCAAAGUAACUCAGGCCACGCCAGAAAAUGCAACGACACGGAGAAAGCCUACUGUGUGAAUGGCGGCGACUGUUCCUUCAUACGCGGUAUAGAUAAGCUUGCCUGCAAGUGUCCAAAUGACUUUACUGGUGAUCGCUGUCAAACCUACGUUAUGGCCAGUUUCUACCAGCAUCUUGGGAUUGAAUUUAUGGAGGCAGAGGAACUCUACCAGAAAAGAGUCCUGACAAUCACGGGUAUUUGUGUGGCGCUGUUGGUGGUGGGCAUCGUGUGUGUGGUUGCCUACUGUAAAACCAAGAAACAAAGAAAGAAGAUGCACACUCAUCUGCGACAAAAUAUGUGUCCAGAACAUCCCAAUCAUAACCUUGCUAACGGACCCAAUCACCCCGGACCAGGCCCAGAGGAAAUCCCUAUGGUAGAUUACAUAUCAAAGAAUGUCCCUGCAACUGAACGAGUCAUACGGCCUGCAACAGAGGGAUCGUUCCCUGCCAGCCAUAACUCUUCCAGAUCUCACAACUCUUCCACACGAGCCCAUUCAUCAACACACAGACAUGAGGAACGGACAUGGAGCCUGGAACAUUCUGACAGCAUCCUCUCCGACUCGCCGGGAAUGAUGUCAUCAUCCGUGGGGACCAGUAAAUGCAGCAGUCCUGCGUGCAUGGAGGCACGGACACGACGCGCUGCUCACUGUGGUUACUCUGACCCCCAUCGGACGGGCCUGCACUACGGAGACUCUUUCGACUCGCUGGGAGACUCUCCGCACAGCGACAGAUACGUGUCAGCCCUGACGACACCAGCCCGACUCUCCCCAGUGGAUUUCCAUUACUCAUUGCCCUCGCAGGUGCCUACCUUCCAGAUAACAUCCCCCAAUGCCAGCCAUGCCAUGUCUCUCCCUCCUGCUAUCCGCAACCCCUACCCUCUGGAGGAUGACCAGCCCCUGUUGCGCCGCUACCAGGUGCCACUACACGAUGCCCAGUGCCAGGAGCCCUACCGGCAGCAGCGCCGCACCUAUCUAAACGACAGCAGGGGCAGCCUGCCCUCCAGCCCCUACCGGCUGGCUAAAGAAGAAGACUAUGAGACCACCCAGGAGUAUCUCUCCUCUCGGGAGCAACCAAAGAGAAGUGGGUCCAGUGGAACUGGUAGCCGGCGCUGGCGGAGAUCCAGACUUAAUGGCCACGUGGCCCCGCGUGGAUACGAGGCCUCUCGGGACUAUGGGUCUCGAAGCUGCCUAACAGAUAGUGAGUCAGAGGAGGACGGGGAGAACACACCCUUCCUCAGUAUGCAGAACAUGAAUGCCGAGCCCUCCACCAUCUACAGGCCGGUGGACAGUCGGACUUCUCACUCAUCGGGGCGGCACAGUGGGCAUGGGAACAUGCAUACAAGACUUACACACUCACGCUCCAAACCGGACAAUACACCCAUUAAAGAGUGAAAAUGAACCAACAAAAAUCAAUAUAGUAUAGACCUGCAUCUAUAAGAAAUAUUUUUAUUUUAUAUAACUGAGAUAUUCUAAACAAAUGAAAUAUUUAUUUUCAUUUUAGCAAAAGUUGUCUACUAGUUAACAGCAAAGACUUUUUUAUAGGGAAAACUCUAUUUAUAUGUACAUUUUUGAUUUACAGCAUAAAAAGAUGUGCCAGUUUUUUCACAACGUAAAAAAAAUAAUAGUAAUAUUGUGGUGCCUUUUGCUGUAUGCCGAUGCCAGAGGGCCAGUGGAGGUUUUUGUAGCCUUUCUUAUAUGGACGCCUCAUUUUUUAUACACAUUUAUGUUGUUUUUUCCUCUCUGGUUUCCUGUUUUACUUUCUUUCCAAGUUGCAUUCUUUGAGGAGUCUAGCCCCACUGGAACAUAACCCCUUCCAUGUCAUGCAAUAUAAACCACUUCAACAUAAA